AUGUCCUCUUCCUCCUCAUCUCACGACUUGCUGCCUCCUUCCUCGAGCCUCAGCCAUUGCGUGGCUUCCGCCGCUACUCAGCUCUAUGUCGCGCUGGUCGCGACCAUCUUCGUAUCCCUCGCGCGGCACAUCCCCGCCGCCAUCCUCUGGCUGCUGGAGGAUGACAGCGAGCUCGCUCAUGCCCUCAGCCUGCGGGAGCAGCCGGAGACUCAGGCCCCGGCAGUCGUCUCGACAGGAGGGGCUACGGGAGGCUUCGACAGGAGGAAGAUGCUGGAGCCGCACUUCGGGCAGACCUUCAAGGUGAAGCGCGUGGGAGUACUGUAG